AUGAAGGCAUCAUUCCUAUCCGCCGUGGUCGGCGCCGGCCUCACGCAUGCCCUCCCCACCAUUGAAGCUGUGGGAAAUAAGUUCUUCACCAGCAACGGCGACCAGUUCUUUCUCAAGGGAGUUGCCUACCAACUGACGCCAGCUGACCCCUUGAUCGACACCGAGCAGUGCAAGCGCGAUGCUGCCCUUAUGGAGAAGCUCGGCGCAAACUCGAUCCGUGUCUACCAUGUUGAUCCCUCGGCAAACCACGACGGCUGCAUGGACGUGUUUGAAAAGGCCGGCAUCUACCCCUUGAUCGAUUUGGACACCUUUGACACCUACAUCUUGCCCAACGAUCCUUGGUGGAACCAGACCCAGCAUGAUAGGUACGCCGAGGUCAUGGAUGCCUUUAUCAAGUACGACAACGUUCUGGGCUUCUUCAUCGGCAACGAGAUUAUUAUCCAGGCCGACCAGUCUCUGGCGGCUCCCUACAUCAAGGCUGCUACUCGUGACAUGAAGGCCUACCGCGACAAGAAGAAGUAUCGCAAGGUCCCCAUCGGCUACUCGGCCGCCGACAUUGCCGAACUUCGUCCAAUGUUGCAGGACUAUCUAACCUGCGGCGGAAACUCCUCCGAGAACGUCGACUUCUUCGCCCUUAACUCGUACGAAUGGUGCGACCCCACCAAGUAUGCCGAGUCCGGCUAUGCCAACUUGCAGAGCAUGGCCAAGGACUUCCCCGUUCCCAUCUUCUUCUCGGAGACCGGCUGCAACGUGCCAGGCCCCCGCCUAUUUGGCGACCAGAAUGCCAUCUUCGGUCCCGAAAUGGUCAACGACUGGAGCGGUGCACUCAUCUACGAGUGGAUCGAGGAGGAGAACCACUACGGCCUGAUCUCGUACGGUCCUAAGCUGGAGCCGACCGCCACCGGCGCCAACAUCGAGGGAGGUUUCACCCGAGCUGGCACCCCUACCCCCGUCCUUCCCGAUUUCACCAACCUCCAGAACCAGUGGGCCACCAUCACCCCCACCGGUAUCAAGAGGUCCGACUACGAUCCCAAGCACGUCUCUACCAGAGCCUGCCCCACUUCCGGCGUGCAGGGCUGGUUGGUAAACGGCAACGUUGCUCUGCCCACUAUCGGCGAGACCUUGACCACCAAUGCGCCCAGGCCUGCCGCCACCCAGGAAGCUGAGGUUUCUCAGCCUGCUGGAAGCGCCUCGCCGACCUCGACCAAGAACCCUGCUCCCAUGAACAAGGAGUUGACGGGUAUGAGCGCUGGUUUGGUUGGAGUCAUGCUCUUUUUCACCUUCUGGCUAUGA